AGUCAUACGUGGACCGCCGUGGGGGUGAGUUCGUGCCGUUUGUACGACUCACAAUCUCACCCGGAUAUAAAUUAUUAUUAUUGUUGUUAUUAUUAUUAACCGCGUGCAAGUGACAUUAUAAACAAAUAUAUAUAAACGACAUCAAUUAAUUGCUAAUUGUGAAAUUAUAUUUUAUAUUUCUUAUUUGUUGUUAUAAUCAACACAAAAAAAUAAUAAUUUUUAUUUUGGAGUAUUUUGAAGCGUCGUGGUUUUAUUUUUUUUUAUAUUUUUUUUUUAUUAUUAUUUAAGAUCAUCUUGAAGAUUUGUCAACAACAUUGAUGUUUAAAAAAAAGAGCUGAUAUUUUACAUUUUGCUGUUAAAAAAAAGAUAGAAGAGUGAUUGGAUCCCCAGUGACAGAUCAAAGGAUUAUAUAAAAUAAAAAAUGUGAAAAAUAAAAAUAAUAUGAUGUUUUGGACUCAACGACUAUGCAUCUAAAGCACAAAGUAGCUGGAUAGAAUAUAUAUCAACCGCACAAGUUGUCUGCAAGAGGAAAAAAAUUCAAGUAAAAAAAAAAUACCGGAAGGCAGUAUAAAGAAAAAAAAAUAGGGAAGAAAAUAAGACGUCGUCGUAUUUUCUUGGGGUCGUUGCAUCUUGAGAAGUUUAUUCAAUCGAUGAGACGUAUUUCAGAAAAAUUGUCAAGUAUCACAAAUGGCUUAACAAAAAAAUAAUUAACAAUAAAAAAGAAAUUAAAAUACAGAAUUUUCUUGAAAAAAAAAAACAAAGAAGGAUAAAAAAAAAAUUCCAUUUAGAGUUGAAUAAAAAAAAAAAAAAAUUGAUAGAAAUCUAGUUUUACUGAAAAAGGAAUUGGUUUAAAGUUAAAUGCCAUUUUUAGAUGUUUGAAUAGUCAGGAUAUCCGUAGUCUUUCCUUCUCCAUCUCCGGGCAUCAUCAAAAUACUUGCAUCAUCUCCUGCUUCAUCACUAAAUUCACAAGAAUUUGCUGAAAUCGGUAUGCAAAGAAUUGUACUUGCCAACUAUCCUUGUCUUUGAUUGAAAUCAUCUCGAUAGCUCUUGGCUGACAUUAUCAAAGUGAUUUUACUGAUUACUUUCUGCCGAAUAAAAUUCUAUCUAUUCAUUCCAUUUAUACUCUUUCCAGUUGUCGGUUGUGGAAUACUACUACUACUAUUCCUCUUUUUCUCUCAUACAUUUCAAAGUGCACAGUUCAACCAGGAAGCCCCUGGAACAAAAAAUAUAUAUAUAAAAUCCUGGUACAAGUCCAAAAGUUGAGUCAUAUAAAAUUGCAGUAAAAAAAAAAUAUUUAUGAAAAAUAAAAGUAAGAAGAAUUGAAGAAAAAUAUAAAAAUAAAACAACAACUCACGUUUGUAUAGUGAAAGUGAAAAAUACACGCUGAAGUAAAAAAAUAAAAAAAAAAAAAAACCUGAGCCUUAUUCAGGAUUUCUUUUUUUAAAAAUACAACAUUGACACAAAAGAUGAGACAGUCGUGAAGAGCCCCACCAAUGGUCAAUUCGAGUAAUUCAACUUUGAAAAAAAAAAGAUAAAUCAAGUCAAUAUUCUACUGGUUGCUGUGUAUUUUUUUUCUAUUCUAAUCGCUGUUGAAUAUACACAAUUAAAUAACUGUACGCGCGCACAAAUAUACAUACUACAUAAUUUUUGUUGAUGGGGUGGCGUGGUGGAAUACCGCUGCUAAGUUACGAAGAAGCAUCAUCGUCGUCAGUGGGGACAUGAACACUGACUACAACUAGUUAAAACGACACAAACCAAUUGCGCACGAUUCAGUUGAGUCAAAGUCAGCCUCGCGGUUACGUCAAUAUAAAUAAAUAAAAAAAAGUCAUAACAAUUCGACUCUCGAAACAUUUCUACAACACGUUUAAUGUUUUUUUUUUAUUUUUCAAAUCAAUUUAUAUUGCUACUUUCAUUGACCACGUGCGUAUUUUUUUUUUGCUCUUUAACAAUUUAAUUUUUUUUUUUUUUUUUUUAUAUCGGCUAUUAAUCUAGACUUGGCUGAUUUUUAUCUCCACUCACUUUAAUCAACAAGGUAGAAAAAAUAUUAUUUUUAAAUUGAGAAAAAUUUUUUUAAGUGUUGUGAUACUGUUUUAAUUUUUUGGUUUUUUUUUUUUUUUAAUUUUAUUCAUGUCAUAUUUCAAAGACACAAGGAAUAUUUAAUGACGUUUUUAAAUAUCUAUAUUUAAUUAGUUUUUUUUUUUUAAAAAAGUUUAGUUAUGUGGUGUAGAGGAUAAAUUGAAAAAGUGGUCACAAAGUGAAGUGAUUUGUGUGAUUUUUUUUUUUUUUUUUUUUUUAAAUUAUCAUUGUGCUGAAAAGGAAUCAUGUACGCGAAUAAAUUGACGGUGUAUUUGGCGGUUGUGUUUUUAAUUUUAAUGGAGUGCCGGGUUGGAGCAUGGUCAAGACAGUGGGCUGUUCAUAUUCAUGUUGCUGAUGAUGAUCUUGCAUCGGAUAUUGCACGAGAUCAUGGAUUUACAAAUAACGGAAAGAUUGUUGAAGGAGUGUACCACUUUGAACACAAUUCAUUGAGAAAACGUUCAACAGAGCCACACUUAGGAGUACAUCAUCGACUCAUUAGGGACUCUAGAGUAAAACGUGCUGAACAGCAACGUGUUAAAAGUAGAAAAAAACGUGAUUUAAUAGUUAAAAAAGUACCCAAGGAACUUUUAUAUCUCAACGACAAUAGAUGGCCAUUAAUGUGGUAUUUGAAUCGUGGAAAUGGUCUUGACAUGAAUGUCCAAGGAGCUUGGGCAGAGGGAAUAACUGGUCGUGGUGUUGUCGUGACAAUUCUCGAUGAUGGUCUUGAAAAAGAUCAUCCAGAUCUCUACCUCAACUAUGAUCCUCAGGCUAGUUAUGAUGUGAAUAGCCAUGACAAUGAUCCUAUGCCAAGGUAUGAUCCCUUGGACAGUAAUCGUCAUGGUACAAGAUGUGCUGGUGAAGUUGCUGCAACAGCAAAUAAUUCAAUAUGUGCUGUUGGUGUUGCAUAUGGUGCUGGUGUUGGUGGAGUAAGAAUGCUGGAUGGUGAUGUGACUGAUGCAGUUGAAGCAAGAUCAUUGAGUUUAAAUUCUCAACAUAUUGAUAUAUACAGUGCAUCAUGGGGUCCAGAUGAUGAUGGUAAAACUGUUGAUGGUCCUGGUGAACUUGCAACAAGAGCAUUCAUUGAAGGAGUUACCAAGGGUCGUAAUGGAAAAGGUUCAAUAUUUGUUUGGGCAUCAGGUAAUGGUGGUAGAGAAUUUGACGAUUGUAAUUGUGAUGGUUACACAAAUAGUAUAUGGACAUUAUCAAUAAGUAGUGCAACUGAAAAUGGCUUGGUACCUUGGUACAGUGAGGCAUGUUCAUCAACACUUGCAACAACUUAUAGCUCUGGUUCUGGUCAUGAAAAACAAGUUGUUACAACUGAUUUACAUCAUGAAUGUACUAGUAGUCAUACUGGUACAUCAGCAUCAGCUCCACUUGCUGCUGGUAUAUGUGCACUUGCACUUGAAGCAAAUAAAGAAUUAACAUGGCGUGAUAUGCAACAUAUUGUUGUUAGAACAGCUAAACCAGCUAAUUUAAGAGCACCAGAUUGGGUUGUUAAUGGAGUUGGUAGAAAUGUUAGCCACAGUUUCGGCUACGGUCUAAUGGACGCAACCGCAAUGGUGCGAUUAGCAAAAAAAUGGAGAACAGUACCAGAACAACGUAAAUGUGAAGUGUCAUCAUCAUACACAAACAGAGGAAUUCCAUCAAAGAGUCAUCUCAACCUGGAGCUUCAUGUUAAGGAGUGUAGUGGUGUUAAUUUUCUCGAGCAUGUACAGGCAAAGAUAUCAUUGAUGGCAUCAAGAAGAGGUGAUUUGAUGAUAACAUUGACUUCACCACAAGGUACCAAAAGUACUCUACUAGCUAAACGUUCAAAUGACAUAUCCAAAGCUGGUUUUCAUCAGUGGCCAUUUAUGUCAGUUCACACUUGGGGCGAACGACCACAUGGUACAUGGAGAUUGGUCAUUCACAAUGAAGGACGAUAUCUUGGUCGAGCAACACUUCAUGAAUGGGCAUUGAUAUUCUACGGAACAGCAACAGUACCAGAUAGAACAGAAUACGCAUUGUACAGUCCAGCAAGUGUUAAUUUACCUAAAAAACAAUUACAAAAAUUACGUGAUUCAAAUUAUUCUAAAAAUGCAUUAAAUACAUAUGCUACUAAAAUUAAAUUAAACAAAUCUGGUAAAUUAAAUAGUAUGAGUCAAUCAUACGUGACAAAUUUACAACAAAUAUCAUCAUCUUCAUCAUCAAAUAAAAAAAAUAAAUUACGAGGACAACAUAAAAAUGGUAAAUCAGCAAAUCGACAAGUAACAAAACCAACUGUACAGCCACAACGUGGAUUAACAACUGGACGUGGUUCAAUUGUGACAAUAAAACCACGUGUACGUAGCACACCAAGACCACUAACAACAUCAACAACAAUACUAACAAUAACAACACCUAAAAAUCAAAAGAAAAAUUUAAAACAAUUAGCAGCUGCUUCAGCAACAACUACAACAACAACAACAACUUCUGCACCAGUACAAAAUGGACUUAUACUCAUGGAACCAAUUGUUAAAACAAUUAACAUAAAUAAUAAUAAUAAUAACAACAAUAAAGUACCAGUUGUAUUUCAACAAUAUCCAAAAAUACAACAACUUUAUCCACUUUAUCCUGUGUAUGCUGGUGCAAGAGGUGUUGACCAACAUCCAGCACGUGUUAAAGGACUUGAUUUACUUCGUGAUCAACAGAUCGAAACGAGAAAUCUUCAACUAACUGACAAGGAUUCAUUGAAUGAAUGGGAGAUGGUAUUUUAUGGUACCGAGACACCACCUGGAAUUGAUGAUGAAAUUGAUAAGGAUAAAUCAGCAACACCAGAUAUUUAUGCAAAUAAUGAUAACAUACCACCUGAUGUGCAUCAAAAUGUUGUUGAUACCGAGGGUGAUCCAUUAUUGGGAAGUCAAAAAGUUGAUUUAAUAUCACAUCCAGAAAGUCAACGUCCAACAACUGAAAAUCAUAGUAAUGCUGGCUGCAAUGUAUUCAACUCAAGCCGGUGCCUAGAGUGCCAAGAAAAAUGGUAUUUAUUUGAUGGAAGAUGCUUUUCCAAGUGUCCUUUGAGUACUUACCCGGCAUACAGCCAACAAAUAAAUGUUUGUACCAUGUGCCAUUAUUCGUGUUUGAAUUGUUCUGGACCUUCAGAUGUCGAGUGUAUAUCCUGUCAUGAUGACUCAACUCUUCUCUCAUUAAAUACACAAGAAUAUCAGUGUGUAUCAAAGUCACUUGAAUGGACAACACAAUCAACAAAAUGGUUUUAUCGUAUGACUGUUAUUGUUACCAUUAAUUUAAUUAUCAUACUUGCUAUUUUUAUUUACUACAAGUGGAAAAUUUAUAAUCAAGGAUACACUGAAGUUUCUCUUGUUAAUAAUGAUGAUGAAAAUAAUUCACUUAUUGUUUCAACUUUGAAAAAUCAACAAACAUCUGAAAGCGAUUAAUUUUUUACCUUUAAAUAUUUUAGCAACAUAAAUUAUAUAUAUUUUUUAAAUGAAAAAUUUUGAUAAAUUUAUUUUAUUUUUCAUAAAUAAAUGUGUACAUAUUUUGUGUAAUUGAAAUUACAAAUUUUUUGAAAUAUUUUUCUUGAUUUUAAUUAAACAAGUCAAAUUAAAAAUUGCCAAGCAUUAUCAAGAUGUAAUUUUAAUUCCGACAACUGUUCACUAGUCUUCAAAAUACGUUAAUAAAUAAUAACGUUUUUUUUUUUUUUAAUUUAUUUUUUUCUUUUCAUUGUCGUAAUUUUGUUUUUUUUUUAAAUUACAUAACUAGCAUUUGUGUGAAUUUUAAAAUGCAAUACUUAACAUGCAAUAUACUGCUCAAAUGUUUUAGUAUUUAAUUUUAUAUUUAUAUCUCAUUUUGAUAAUUACAUGUGAAUUUAUUUAUCUAGAUGAUUAUCAUGUUAGUUAAUUCCUGUGAUCAUGUAAUAUAAGAAAAAAAUAAUUGUCCAUGUAAAUAAAAGUAUGAAAAUCAUUGAAAUAAAAAAAAAUAUAAUUGUAAAAUUAA